AUGUCGAACACAAUGACACAGCCGGCUGAAAGUUCGGUGAGCUACGAUCUUACCAGGAAAAGCCAGAUGGGGGGAGACUGCAUUCUGAAGCGCUUUGCGCAAUGGUUCUGGUCGGUGUGGAUGAUCGCCGGGUCUGGGACCCACGAUGCCCUUGCGGAUCCCGCGAAUCACCCCAAAGCGACAAACGGUGCCUCCACAAAGACGAACGGAUGUGCUGGCACAGCGAGAGGUGGUUUGUCUACCACUGGAGAAUGCGACACAGGACUGCGGGAACAGUCCUCUGGAAACGAGCAUAGUUAUCCUUGCAAGGCAUGCCAGACAUGGGGUGUUGUUUGCGACCAGCAGAGACCGCGCUGCUCGCAUUGCUUGGAUCAGCAGAUACUGUGCUUUUAUGUGGCACCUCUGCCAAAACCACCGAAGCGGUCAACCAAGUCGCGUUCCCGCCACGUUGAGAUCAUGGAAGCAGAAUACAUUCGGAUUGCGGACGCAAUCCAACAAGAAGCUCGCAAGAAUGACAAGAAGCGACUUCUCGUUGCUAUAGCUGGAAUACCAGGCUCUGGCAAGACAACCACAGCUUCAGCUGUCGCUCAACAACUCCGAGCCGAGUCACAACCAAACAAGAUAGCACUCAUCUCCAUGGACGGCUUCCACUUGUCGCGGGCGGCAUUGGACGUUCUUCCUAACCGUGAAGAGGCAUACAUCCGGCGUGGUGCACCGUGGACCUUUGACGCAGUGCGUUUCGUUACGUUUGUUCAAAAACUACGACAAUGGGCAGACUCUACUCCCUUUCCCUCAGACGGAAGCUCAUCGUCUGACGCUGCUGUGAUAUAUGCACCGUCAUUUGAUCACGAGGCGAAAGAUCCCGUUGAGAAUGGCAUGGCUAUCACAAGCGAUGCCUCAAUUAUUAUCAUCGAAGGCAAUUAUCUCCUGUUAAACGAAGACCACUGGCGGGAUGUGUCGCAAUUGGUCGAUUAUCGCAUAUUUGUAGAUGCAGACUUGCAAGAAGCCAGGGGAAGAGUUGCUCGACGACAUGUCAGUGCGGGGAUUGAGAAGACGCUGGAAGAUGGCUUCCGUCGUGUGGACAGUAAUGACUACCUGAAUGCGCUGCAUAUACAGGGGAAACUGAUACGGCCUGAUAUGGUGGUUAAGAGUGUGACGGAAAUCGCAUGA